CACGGGAAUGCUCGCCCUGCUCCCAUAUUAAACACCCUUCCUCCCCCCUCAUCCCUUCGUUAGAGAAGUCUUUUAUUGUGAUGCAUCCCAUCUUCACACCAUCGUCAGAAUCCAAGAACCGAUCAACUCUCAUCCGAAACCAACCUUUCCAUCGAAUCUGAGGAUACUCUUGUUUUCGAUAAUUCACAAUGUCUCUUCACUAUCUUCCUCCCGUUAAGCCUUCGGCCAUCGCCCUCGGCACCGUCUUCAACCACACCGCCGAGCUCGCAGUCCUCACUCCCCUCUUCGGAGCCACAUACCAGCGGGCAAAGGCCGCCAACACCAAGGAGGAGUUCCUCAGGUCCAAGGAGGCUUCUUCCGCCGCCGUCGCCUGGGGCACUUCCCUGGUCGGCUCCGCCCUGCAAUCCUACGGCGUCGGUGCUCUCAUCAACGCCACCGGCACUCUCUCCUACAAGGGCGCUGCCUACCUUGGAGCCCUUAUCUUUGCGGCCACGUCUGCUCCUGGCUACCUCAACGAGAUCCUGAUUGAGAAGCGCCCUAUGGAUACCGUCGGCGUCAGCUUUUUGGCCAAGGCAUUGGAGACUGUUGGACUAUCCCUUGUCCUCACCUGGUGGGGCACUCGUACCAACCCCUUCGACUAAAGGGUUGUAAGGAAGUCCGU